AACAUUUCAAUUGCCAAAAUUCUAAUCAUGCAGAUGCCAAUCAUACAAAUGGCUUUAUGGCUAGCCAUGAUAGUCGGACCUCUGACAGCGGGCGCUCGCGAAGCUGUUCGGUGCGUCAUGUAUCUCACAGGGCAACAUGUGGUAGUCCCUCCAGAUCGAUAUCUUGUAGAUUCUAUAACGCAUGUGAUACUGGCAUUCAUGCGCUCUGAUGUUUUCAAUGUGGACCAAACGCCUACUGAAUUCCCUUUUUUUACAACCGUUGCUGAAAUACGGCAGAAGUUCAAGGCAAAUACUAAGAUCAUGGUCGCAAUUGGGGGUUGGGGGGAUGCGGGAUUCGAAGAAGCUGCGAGUGAUGAUUCAACAAGAAAGCGCUGGGCCCGCCAAGUAAAGGCCAUGGUUGACCUAACAGGAGCUGAUGGCAUUGAUAUUGACUGGGAAUAUCCCGGGGGUAAUCGGGAUGACUAUAAACUUAUUCCGAAUUCUCAGCGGGAAUGGGAGAUAGAGGCAUUCGUGCUGCUGCUUCGAGAACUUCGUUCCGCCUUGGGAGAUGAGAAACUACUCACAAUUGCGGCCCCAGCGCUAGAACGAGAUUUGAUGGCUUUCACAAACUCGACUAUUCCGUCCAUCGUGGAUCAGGUUGACUUCAUUAGUGUAAUGACUUACGAUAUGAUGAACCGACGCGAUAACAUCGUCAAGCACCAUAGCGGCGUGGCUGACUCCUGGGAAGCAAUGAGGCGAUAUAUAGACCGUGGGGCCCAUCCGCACAAACUGAACUUGGGACUUGGUUACUAUGCCAAAUGGUUCAUGACCGAGCAAUGCGAUUUACAGCACCCAUUGGGAUGCCGUACUCAACUGCUAGAAGACCCAGCCACCGGAGCCGACCUUGGCAAGACUGCCGCUUUUAGCUGGCAUGAUGAGGUUCCCGUAGAGCUGGCGAAUUCCUUCGAAAAAGCUCAUACUCAUGGCCGCUAUUUUGAAGAUGGAAGCUACGGGUAUUGGGAUGACGAAGAGAAGAGAUGGUGGUCCUAUGACACGCCUCUCACCAUCAAAACAAAAGUGCCUCGACUUCUCGGCGAACUGCAAUUGGGCGGAGUGUUUGCCUGGGGGCUGGGAGAGGACGCUCCGCAGUUUAUGCACCUGAAGGCAACUGUCGAUGGCAUUCAGGUGCUGCGCGGAGAUCAGAGCACACACGAUGCUGCGAAAGAUGAACUAUAA